AUGGUGGUCCAAGCCAAGACCAUCAAAAACACAGUAUCAGUGAACCUGGAGCUGACGGCAGAGGAGUGGAAGAAGAAGUAUGAGAAGGAGAAGGAGAAGAGCAAGAGCCUGAAGAAUGUCAUCCUGCAGCUGGAGUUGGAGUUAAAUCGCUGGAGGAACGGUGAGGCAGUACCCGAAGAUGAGCAGCUGAGUGCUGAGGAUCAGAAGAACCUGGAGCCUUGUGAUAACACUCCCAUCAUCGACAACCUGGCCCCUCCCAUUGCCCCAGUGUCAGCGGAGGGGAAGAGCAAGUACGAGGAGGAAGUCGCAAACCUGUACAAACAGCUCGAUGACAAGGAUGACGAGAUUAACCAGCAGAGCCAAUUGGCCGAGAAACUGAAACAGCAGAUGCUAGACCAAGAUGAGCUGCUGGCGUCGACGAGGCGGGACUAUGAGAAGAUCCAGGAGGACCUGGCGAGGCUGCAGAUGGAGAACGAGGCCGCGAAGGACGAGGUGAAGGAGGUGCUGCAGGCCCUGGAGGAGCUGGCUGUCAACUACGAUCAGAAAUCCCAGGAGGUGGAGGACAGGACCCAGGCCAACGAGCAGCUCGCCGAUGAGCUCGCCCAGAAAACAACGUGCCUUUGGGCGGUCCAGCGCGAGCUGAACCAACUUCAAGAACUGAGCAAGCACCAGAAAAAGAGAGCGGCUGAGAUCCUGAACCUCCUGCUGAAGGACCUCACUGAGAUCGGGGGCAUCAUCGGCACCAAUGACAUCAAAGUGAUGACUGAGGUGAACGGUGUCAUAGAGGAGGAGUUCACCAUGGCUCGUCUCUACAUCAGCAAGAUGAAGUCAGAGGUCAAGUCGCUGGUGAACCACAGCAAGCAGCUGGAGACCUCGCAGAUUGACACGACCCGGAAGAUGCAGAUCAACGAGAAGGAACUGGCUUCCUGUCAACUCCUCAUCUCCCAGCACCAAGCUAAAAUCAAGUCCCUGACAGAUUACAUGCAGAAUGUGGAGCAGAAGAAGAGACAGCUUGAGGAGUCGCAGGACGCCCUCACAGAGGAGCUGGCCAAGCUCAAUGCCCAAGCAGAUGCAAUGCACAAAGUGUCAGUUAUGGACAAAGAGAAGGAACACAUGACCUUGCUCCAGGAUGCUGUGGAGAGGAAGGAGACCCUGGAGAAACAGAUGGAGAGUCACAGAGAGGUCCACCAGAAGCAGCUGUCCAGGCUGCGUGAUGAGAUCGAGGACAAGCAGAGAAUCAUCGAUGAGCUCAAAGACUUGAAUCAGAAACUGCAGCUGGAGCAUAAAAAACUCAUCUCCGAUUAUGAUAAACUGAAGAUUGAUGAGCAGGAGAAGGACAUGGAGCUGCAGAAACUCAUUAUCCUUAAUGACAAAAGGGAGCUAGCGAAGCAGGACCUCAAAGGCCUAGAAGAGACUGUGGCCAAGGAGCUCCAGACACUCCACAACCUCCGUAGACUUUUUGUUCAAGACCUCACGACUCGCGUCAAGAAAAGCGCUGAACUGGACUGCGAUGAUGGAGGGGGGAGCGCAGCACAGAAACAGAAAAUUUCCUUUCUUGAGAACAACCUGGAGCAGCUUACAAAAGUUCACAAACAGCUGGUACGUGACAAUGCAGAUCUGCGUUGUGAGCUUCCUAAACUGGAAAAACGUCUCCGAGCUACAGCUGAGAGAGUCAAGGCCCUUGAGAGUGCACUGAAGGAGGCCAAAGAAAACACCAUGAAGGACCGGAAGCGCUACCAACAGGAGGUGGACCGGAUCAAGGAAGCCGUGAGAGCCAAGAACAUGGCCAGGCGAGGGCACUCCGCUCAGAUCGCCAAGCCUAUUCGUCCUGGGCAUUUCCCAGCAUCCUCACCAACAGCUGCCCACACCAUCCGUGGUGGUGGAGGAGGAUCGUUGAUCUCCAGUCAUCACCACAGCAUGAAGUAGAGGAGGAAUGAGCCCAAUAAGCAUGUCCAGAACGUCUGAACAUCAGAUCACGACCCCUGCAGGACCUGCUAUUCAUCUUCCAGGCGUUUCACCUGCAA